CUGUGAUGUCAGAGGGUCCUUUAGAGGAAUGGAAUCUAGCCGCUACCAUCAUUAGAGGGUGGAGAUAUUCUCAGCACCCACUUGCCCGGAGAGUGUUUAUAGUGCGGCUCCUGUUGCUGUGAAGAUCCAUACAAUAAACGGCAUUACGUUUGCUAGUAAGGGAGAAACAUUAAGAAUAUCUGACACAUUAAUUUACGCGGAACAAGACAAUGUCUAAGACCGAGAACCAAACCUCAGACUUUCCUGAUGCACACAGAGGGCAUCUAGAGGAAAACCCAGGCACUGGGCUAUUAUAUGUGAAGAAAGAGGAGGAUGAGACAGAUGACUAUCGGACUGAAAUACAUUGGUCCCUCCCUGCUGACAACGAUAACGCUAAAAUAGUGAAAGUUGAGAUAACAGAAGAUCUGUGUGUGAGGCAACAGCUGGGAGCCCCAGAUGAGGAAACCAGUUACAGUAUCAGCCAAGGCCGUAUGGAUGUGACACCUUCAGAUGGUGUAGUGGUCGAGCAUGGAGGAGAACCGUAUGUGUGUAAUCGGAUGAAGACUGAGGAGGAUGAAGUUCCUAUAAAUACGGCUACAGGUGAUGUUAAGACUGAGGUCCCACUUAAUGCUGAACAAACAAAUGAUCUGUAUGUAGAGAAUCAGCGGGAAGCUGUGAAGCAGGAAAUCGGUGACAGUAUCAGAACAGGCCGUAUGGAUGUGACACCUUCAGAUGGCGCAGUGGUUGAGCAUGGAGGAGAACCGUAUGUGUGUAAUCAGGUGAAGACUGAGGAGGAUGAAUUUCCUAAAAAUACGGCUACAGGUGAUGUUAAGACUGAGGUCCCACUUAAUGCUGAACAAACAAAUGAUCUGUAUGUAGAGAAUCAGCGGGAAGCUGUGAAGCAGGAAAUCGGUGACAGUAUCAGAACAGGCCGUAUAGAUGUGACACCUUCAGAUGGCGUAGUGGUCGAGCAUGGAGGAGAACCGUAUGUGUGUAAUCAGAUGAAGACUGAGGAGGAUGAAUUUCCUAUAAAUACGGCUACAGGUGAUGUUAAGACUGAAGUCACACUUAAUGCUGAACAAACAAAUGAGAAUCAGGGGGAAGCUGUGAAGCAAGAAAUCGGUGACAAUAUCAGAACAGGUGAAUUUACAAACUCCAAUAAUCCUAGUUCUUGUAAGAGUGCAGAUGCGUCUUUCAAUCUUCUUCAAAACAAAAGAAGCCUCAUGAAAAAUGCAUUUUAUGAACGUGGGAAAUGUUUUACUGGAAAUUCACAUCUUAUUGGACAUCAAAAAAUUAAUUCAGGAAAAAAAGCAUUUUCGUGUUCUGAAUGUGGAAAACUGUUUGGACAGAAAUCACAUCUUAAUAAUCAUCUGAAAAUUCAUUCAGGAGAGAAAGCAUUUUCAUGUUCUGAAUGUGGGAAAUGUUUUACUGUGAAAUCAAAUCUUAUUUCACAUCAGAAAAUUCAUUCAGGGGAAAAAGCAUUUUCAUGUUUUGAGUGUGGGAAAUGUUUUAGUCGGAAACCAAAUCUUACUAGGCAUCAGAAAAUUCAUACAGGAGAGAAAGGAUUUUUGUGUUCCCAGUGUGGGAAAUGUUUUGCUCUUAAAACAACUCUUCAUGCUCAUUUGAAAAUUCAUGCAGGAGAGAAAGCAUUUUCAUGUUCUGACUGUGGGAAAUGUUUUACCCUGAAAUCAUCUCUUAUUUCGCAUCAGAAAAUUCAUACAGGGGAGAAAUUAUUUUCAUGUUCUGACUGUGGGAAAUGUUUUACUCGGAAACCACAUCUUAUUACACAUCAGAAUAUUCAUACAGGAGAAAAGGGAUUUUCAUGUUCCCAUUGUGGAAAAUGUUUUGCACUGAAAACAACUCUCAAUACUCAUUUGACAACUCAUACAGGAGAGAAAGCAUUUUCAUGUUCUGACUGUGGGAAAUGUUUUGCUCGGAAAACACUUCUUAAUAGGCAUCAGAAAGUUCAUACAGGAGAGAGAGCAUUUUCAUGUUCUGACUGUGGAAAACGUUUUACUCGGAAAACACAUCUUAUUAAGCAUCAGAACAUUCAUAUAUAUGAAAAAGCAUUUUGAUGUUCUGACUUGGAUGUUUUAACCAUAAGUCAUAUCUUUUUUCUCCAAACAGAAGGAGAAACAGUCUGCCGGGAAUAAACAGCAGCUCAGUGGCUUGUUCUAUGGCCCAGUUA